AACUAUUGGUCCAUUUCCAUGUUAUUUUAUAAACCCCAUCAUACUCGGAGCAGCCAACCAAAGAGAAGGACAACGAAUAAGAGAAUCAUAGAGACACAUCAUGAACCAAACCGAAAGCUCCGCGGGAACUAAUAACACCAAACUGGCCGUAACCGGAUCAACAUCCGCCGUACCGGAAUGGACAACCGAGACCAUCAAUGGUGGAUCAUUCCGCCAAGUAGAUCUCCAUAUCGGAACCAACGGCUGGGCCUCGCCUCCAGGCAACGUCUUCUCUCUCCGCUCCUCUAACUACUUCACGAACAAACAGAAAUCUCCCGGCGGAGAUUACCUCCUCUCUCCCGCCGGUGUGGACUGGCUCAAAUCCACUACAAAACUCGACAACAUCAUGUCUCGUCCCGACAACCGUGUGGCCCACGCGCUCAGGGAAGCCCAGUCCCAAAACAGCUUCAUCUUCGCGGUGAACUUCGAAGUCUCAGGCAAGGAACACUACCACAUGGUGUUAUACUUCGCCACGGAAGAGCCUCUUCCCUUAGACUCCCCCCUCCAACGUUUCAUCGACGGAGACGAUUCUUUCCGUAACCAAAGAUUCAAGUUAGUGAGCCAAGUCGUGAAAGGUCCUUGGGUUGUUAAAGCGGCGGCAGGGCAGUUCGGGGCGUUCCUUGUCGGUAAGACCGUGAAGUGUAACUACCACAAAGGGUCUAACUACUUUGAGGUCGAUGUUGAUACAGGUAGCUCGGCUAUCAUGUCGGCGGUUGUACGGCUUCUGUUGGGGUACACCAAGAGCUUUGUUGUCGACGUUGGCUUGGUUAUUGAGGCGCAAACGGAGGAUGAGCUGCCGGAGAGACUGAUCGGAGCUGUUAGAUUGUGUCAUAUGGAUUUGUCGUCGGCGUUUGUGGUCGGAGAGCAGACAUUGGAACCGUGUGGAAUGUUGGGUUCGGUGGAAGCAAGCCACCCACGACGAGGACACGAACUGAAUGUCAACAAGGAACCAACCUAGGUCAACGAUUACUAGAUCCGAUCUCAAUACUGUUAAAACUUUAUUUUUGUUUUUUUCUUUUGUCAACAAACUUUAUUUUUGUUUGUUUGACUUUUCAAUAUUUAAGCAAUAU